GCAUCGCCGCUUCUGUCGUGACCGCCCAGCCCUGGCGUCGCGGGGCGCUCCCAUAGCAUCGCCGUUCGUACCGUGACCUCCCCGGGCCUGGCAGCUCGCCUCAAGAUAGGCCGAGGUGCCGCCGGGAGCGAAAGCCGUGACCCAUUUUCUGCGUUUUUCCGAAUAAUGCUCAGGAGAAAAUACGCCUUGUCUUGCCGAUCGGCCGCCCCUCUGGUGGGCUGGGGAGCAGGUCACUACCGCGGAGAUUCGGGCAGGUCAGGGAUUUUUUUCAUGGAUAUAGGGCAGUUGGAGUGCUCGCAGCAGCCUCAUCCGGGAAAAGCCCUCGAGCAUCGCUGUUCCUUUGAUGGCUGGAGCUGCGGCACCGCACCCGGGUCUGCAGAGAGCCUCAAGUGCCAUCUCUUUGAAGAGACCUUGUUCCCUUACAUCAAAGACAACGUGAAGGAGUAUCUGCGUGCUCACUGGGAGGAGGAGGAGUGCCAGCGGGAUGUCGGACUUCUGAGGAAACAGGCUCAGGAGGACUCCAGCCUGGACGGGGUCGUGCCGAUCCCUUUGGAGAGCGGCAGCGGGGAGGAGGAGCUGGAGCGCGUCAUCCAGGCGGUUGUAGACAACGUGCACUGGCAGAUGUCCCUGGACAGGAAGACCACGGCACUGAAGCAGCUGCAGGGCCACAUGUGGAGGGCAGCCUAUGCCACCGGGCACGUCAAAGGAGAAAUCUUCGAGGACGUUGUUCCAGCCAUCCGGAAGUGGCGGGAAGCAGGGAUGAAGGUCUAUAUCUACUCUUCAGGCAGCGUCGAAGCCCAGAAGCUUCUGUUUGGAUACUCUACAGAAGGUGAUAUCCUAGAGCUCUUUGAUGGCCACUUUGAUACCAAAAUAGGCCCCAAGGUAGAAAGUGAGAGCUACAGGAGGAUUGCUGCCAGUAUUGGGUGCGCCACCAACAACAUCCUCUUCCUGACAGAUGUCCCUCGAGAAGCCAAUGCAGCUGAGGAGGCGGACACUCACGUGGCUGUGGUGAUCAGACCAGGCAACGCAGGACUGACAGACGAUGAGAAAUCCUAUUACAGCCUCAUCUCAUCUUUCACUGAACUUUUCUUGCCUUCCUCCACUUAGGGAAAGCAGUGCACGCACAAAAGACUGUGCUUCACCUAAUUGUCCUUGUGAAAUGUUAGGUAAUUUUGUCCAUAAUCAGAAUUUCAAACCAAAUCCACAUUAUGUCUUGGGCCUCAUGCAGGCAGGUAUGGAUGGAGAGUGUGGUGUGGGGUCCCUUGUGCAGUAGGACAGAGGCCUGCUGCCAGCUGGAGCUGGGAACAGGGCAGGGAGCAGCAUCCAUGAGCCCUGCUGUUCCUUCCCUUUCCUGGCUAGCAGUUAGCUAAGGGAAUGCUUCCUUCAGACUCAUCCUCUGAAAUCUGAUGCCAAGAGGCCCAACUGUGAGCUCUGUCAUUUUUAGAAGCAGUCUACAAACAAGGUUUAUGUCCCCUUGUCCCAGAGGGAGUGCUGGGGGACCAAGGAGGGAUAUGUGAGCUUCUACCUGCAGAUAGGAUUUCUGGCUAAGUCAAAAAUAUUCACAGUUAGGAUUCUCAAAGGAAAAUGCCAGUUGUGGGCUAUAAUGCAGUAGGUUUGGGCUGCCACAGAAAGAGCCAAGCACUUUAGACAAGGACCAAUGUGUAUCUUGGCUGUGUCUGCAGCAGCUCUAGGUACCAAACAGUACAACUUGCAUAUGGAAGCUGCUUAGAGCUCCACAGCCAGCCUAACACAGAAUGGAGUAUAUAUAAAUACAGCUUUAAAAAUUAAAAUGUGGACACACUUCACUGCUGCAUCACGGUGCUGGGCUGUGGGAUACAACUUGACAGCAUUUCUGAAGUAUCUCAGCACUGACCCAUGGAGCUCCUCCUCCAGCCAACAUCACCCAGUCACAUGUUCAUAGCACUGGUCAGCUGUGAGCAAACCUUGACAAACUGCUCCCGAGGGCAGACAUCCUGCUGCAUCUGAUGAGAAUUAACCCCCUGACCUUUCCACCUUACCUAAAUUAUGCUAAUGUAGUAAAUAAAACCACAACUUUGCUUUCAUUGUGUUCACUCCAUCACAACAUUUAGUCUUCCUGUCUUAACACUUGUGAUCCCAGCACCUAAAAGGCAAAUUUUAUUAUUUCUAAACCUGUGAACACUGUGUUCCUGCUUUCACCUUCCCCAGUCCUUUAAAACAGCAGCCUUGUCCUGCCAAGGAAGCUGUACUACCUCCCUGACUAUUUUAGGAUUUCAUUUCUGGCUCAGGGCAGGAGUGAGAGCCACAGGUAGGUUAUACCUGGUAGUAGUGGAGUCAGAGGCAGUCUGAAACUCCUCUCUGAAAUCCCCAUGUCCCCUUUCCCUGCUGCUGGCACUUCAUGCACACGUGUCUUGUCCUGACAGCCAGACAGAAUAUUAAUAUGUGCAUGCUGCCUUCUUGAGCUCUGAUCUACACCUACAGCUGUCCCUGUUGAGGGAGGCUGAUGGGUAAAGAACAGGAGACAGGCACUUGGAGAGGAAACCACACUGUGCCAGCAUGGCCUUUCUAAAAAUUUAAUAGUAGCAGGUCAGGCUGUGGGGCAACUAGUCCAGAUGCCUUUCUGGGCUGGGCAAUGGCUGUGAUCCUGCUCCUAGAAAGAGCCUGCUAAUUAGUGCUGUUACAAUAAGUGUAUCUGCAUGGCUGAAUGGUCCCUGGCUUAAGUGAUAAUGUUAAUCAUUACACUGUAAAUAAAUACUCAUCUUUUGUUUCGCCUUUGCCAUCAGAAAGCUAUGCUUGGGGUAGGGACAAAAAUAAAGCUCACAUUCUCCAUAAAAGC